UUAUAAAUUUACUUUCAGUUUGAUGUUUUGUUUAUGAUAGUCUGCUACAAGAUUCAUGACCACGAUUUAACUUUUUAUUUCUUUUCUUGACAUCAUUUCAUAUCACGAGAAAUCAUGGCAUUAAAAAUAUAAGAAUAGAUUUUAAUCUAACGUCUGCUUUUAGUUUUGGGAUCUAAUUUUUUAAUAUUUGAUGUUUUAUUAUCGAAAUAAAUUCUUCGGUACAUUUAUAAAUAAUACCGUUAGCAUUAAUUAAGAUUCUGUUGAUACUGCUCUAAGAUUUUGCCGUUCUCUUAUUUAUGAGAUGAAAAUAUUUUUGAAGUUACCAUUUACGUGGCCUGCGAUGGUUUUUACCCGUAAAUUUGGAUUUUCAGGUUUACGGCCCAUUAUUUUAUUCAUCCUGGUGAUGUUUGCAUUUUAUGCUACUACUUCGUUCUACUCUCUUAAUAAUGAAAAAAUUUCAUCUUCGGAGCUCUUUAACGAAACAGUUAAUUAUGUGGAAACUCCAAUAGCAGUUAAUACUGAAACAACAAAUGUAGAGAUAAGAAAGCAACAUGCUGUUCAUGUUUAUGAAAGACCUCAUUUGAUUAAUGAAACUGUUACUGCUAUUCACUCCAUUCAAGUUGGUGAUAUUAUUCCCAAUUGUGGUUUCUCAAAAAUUUGUAAUAGUAAUGAGUUUGUUGUUCAUUUAUAUUCGGGAAAGGAUCAUAGUGAUGAACCAAAGCUUUGUAUUGAUGGCAAAUAUGUUCUCGGAAAAGAUGUGAAUGAGGGUGGCCGAGGUGUAAAUGUAGCAGUUGUGGAUAAUAUGACAAGGACAAUCAUUCGUGUUGUUCAUUUCGAUACUUAUGAAAAAGAUUCAAUUCUUUUGGAGACAUUGCUUUUGACACUAAGACCUGGAGAUAUAGUGGUUCUGAUGACUUUUGAUGAACCUUCUAGAAAACUGUCCCGGAUUGCUAGAUUGCUAUUGUAUGAUCUUGGCAGUGCAUUGAUUCAGAAUUUGAGUUAUAGGGGUAGUUGGUAUUUAAUUACUCAAAAAGGAAUAUCAGGUUUUUCACCAUUUGAGGAGCUUCACUUUGUAGACAGUAGUGGAUGGCCUAAACACCAUGAUGUGAAAAUUUGCGUUCCUUUUGAAAUUAAAGGUACAGUUGUUCACCCAGAUCCAUUGCCUUCUAGUAACCAAAUAAGAGUAGAGUUUUGUGAAAAGCAUGAUGACUUGCCUCUUUUUUGUGAUGCUGAUGUUGUAAAUGAUCCUUUGCUGCCAGCUCCAGUUUGGAAGCAACCUUCCUCUAUAAAUAAAAUCUAUAAUGUACCCAUUAUAGUAAUGAGUGGUGAAAAUGUUCAGUUUUUGCCAUUAACUCUUGAAACAAUCAUACAUCAACCUGGCAUAAAACCUUCCAUUGUUGUGGUCUUCCACUUGGGUAAAAAUUCUAUGGUGCAAAGCUUAUCUGAACUAUUUGGAUUUCUUUCAGAAGAAUUAACUGAAACAUCAAAUUACUGUGAAAGACUAUCUGAGGCUUUUGAUAUUACCAGUGUUCUUUAUCCAGAUUCCAAAGAAGUCAUUUUUAUUGGAGAAAACAUUGUUUUGGCUCCUGAUUUCCUGUUUUAUUUGGGACAGCUUUUAUCAAUUUUAAAUUCAGAUCCAACAAUUUCAUCUAUUUCUGCUUUGAAUGAAAAUGGUUUUCAACAUUUUUCUGGGGAUCCAACUUUAGCUUAUCGAGUUGAGUCAUUUUUCAGCUUUGCAUUUUUAGUACGAAAAGAUUUUUUUCAGAAAUCAUGGUGUCAUAACAAAUCUGGUGUUGUGCCAUCAGCUGAAAUGCCAUUCAAUUUUAAUGCUACAACUUUGAUACCAGAUGUGUCUAGAGUUACUCUAGCUUCUCCUGUGACUGACUUAGCUCUAAAUUUCAGCGUAUCCUCUGUGCUGUUGAAUCAAGACAAAACAAUUACAUAUGAACAAAAUAUUUUAUUGAAAAAUCCAGAGAAUUUAGUUCGAGAUGAAUAUGAUCAGGAACUGAAACAAAAAAUAGAAUCAGCGAUUUCUUUAAAGUUAAAUAAUAAGCUUUUGAAGAUGUGUUUGAUGGAAGAUGAUGAUUUUCAAGAAAAAUUCUUCAAUAAUCUACCAUUUCUCAUUAGCAACGCUUCUAACUCAUCCAAUAGAGCACUGGCAAUCUACUUUUUGCAAACUAAUGAGGAAGACAUGUCAACUCUUCAAUAUUUAAUUCAGUGUAUUGGAUUGUUUCAUCAUUCUCUAUAUCCUGUGAGAGGCGUUUAUAAAGGAAUUGUCAGGUUCAUGUUAAAAGAUCACCAAGCCUUUUUUGUUGGGACGAAAUCUCCAUUGUUUGCUUUUAAACCUGAAAGAGUGCCGGUUGUGAAGUUCGACACCUCUUGCAGUUGCCUCAUCAGUUUGAUGCUGUGAUGACGUCCACUUACUCUGCAACACUUCCACCUCUUAUAUUGCGAGUCAAAAAUCUCAAAUGAUAUCUACUUAAGUGACACCCAGACCAAUUUACAUUACGCACGCUAUACAUAAGAUCACUGGACAAAAAAAUAAUAAUUCAUGAGUGAAAAGCAUAGUUUAAUGUUAUAUGUUACCCCUUUUCUGGACUUGACAGCCUGGAUUUGGUUAGGAAGUGUGCUCAUCCAAUCCCAGAAUAUAACUUUGCAAAACCACCUAAUUGCAGCGAUGCAGAUUUCAGACUUUUAACUGAUGUUCUGAUAUAUACGGCAGAUUUUCUGUGUGGUUCAAGUCAGGUGAUUUUACAGGCAAAUCGCAUUGAAAUAGUGUAUGACUGUUCAUUAAACCAGUCACAUAUUCUUCCAAUCCAAUGAAAUUUGCUGUAGUCUUAUUAAAAAGUAAAGACAUCAACAGCAUCCCCCUAUUUUUAUAUUAAUGUCAAGUGAAUUACCAGGCUGAUCAAAAUGGAACAGACUGUGUAAGUGUUCAUAAAACCAGUUACAUAUUCUCUUAAAUCAAUGAAAUUUGUUCUUGUCAUCUUGAAAAGUAAGGAUAUCAACAGCGUUACUCAUUAUGUAGAUGUUUACUUAAGGACAACACUUGAUCAUAUAGAAUGUUAAAAUAAACAUUCUGGUUCGUGUUAGUGGUCUCCUCGAUGAGAGAGCCUAAUCCAAAAACGACCCAUGACAGACUCACUUAGUGAUUUCUCUUGGAGUGAAUGAUUUUUUGUUUAGCGAGCUGAAUUGAGACUCAAUUCUCAAUUUCUGAAGAGGAAAAUACGUUACCAAUUGGGUACUUGCAAAGUGAUUAUACCUAACCAUGUGAUUUAAAUCAGAUUUAAUUGGGUACCUGUAAGUGACAUCACGCGUGUUUCGAAUAUGAUUAACUUCAUAAUCGACAAUUGUUGUGAUUUACCUACAAUGACGUCACUUGCAGGUAUUCAAUAUUGGUAGCUGUGUUCAGUUCAGAUUAGUAAACAGAAUUACCUAAUUUAAAAUAGUUGAUACUAUUAAAA